AUGAAUGCUCCUAAGGAUCCCAAGGUCAAGCCACCGGCACUAAAUGCUUAUGAAGGCACCUCAGAUCCUGAUGUGCACCUUCUUGCAUACCUUCAUCACAUGUAUGUCAAAGGAACCACGGAAGUAACCUGGUGCAAUUAUUUUCCAGCCACUUUAAAAUGGGUGGCCUCGAAAUGGUUUGAAAAGCUGCCGGCCGGUACCAUCAAAACUUUUGCCGAGUUGGAAAUGCUGUUUUCAACGAGGUUCAGGGCAUAUAAAGAGGAAAAGAAGACGAGUAUGCAUUUAGGACGCAUCCAGCAGGGCAAGGAUAAGUCCCUUCGUAGCUAUGUGCGAUGCUUCAACCUAGAAUCAGGGCAGAUACCGGAUCUGUCGGAUGGCGUAGCUUUUGACAAUUUCUUUCGAGGACUCAAGAAGGGUUCUUUCAAGUUUGACUUGGUCAAAAUGAGUGUAAGGACCAUGGAAGAUGCGCUAGACGAGGCGGAGCUCUUCAUCCAUCCCACAUAA